ACUUGCGCCUAUCGUAAUAAUAGUCAUUUUCGUGACAUAAGUAAUCUAUAUAAACCCUUGGUUGAAAUUCUAUCUCUACAAACAAGUCUAACAAUGAAGGUCGCCAUUGUUCUAGUGGUAUUGUGUGCUAUCCAGUACAUCAGUGCUGAAACAUGUAGCUCUACAGGUGACUGCCAAAACACAAGCUGUGAUUCUACGCACACAUUGGAGUGUCACAAUGGACAGUGCACAUGCGCGGCAGGAGCUUGCUCAACAGUUAACGAUUGUUCAGGAUCCUGCAGAAUUUUCGGAAGACAUGGUAGAUGGCACUGUGUCGAUGGCCACUGCAGAUGUUUCUUUGUAUAAACUUAUGACACGAAUGUUGUAGAACAUGUAAAGUACAAUAAAAGUUGUUUUUACAUUUGAA